UUUUGUGGUGCGGACAUGGCAAGUGGCGUGGGCAUGCAACACGGCUCAACUGCCCAAACAAAAUUCAGUCUUUUCAUGCGCUCAACACUGCCCAUGUGACUACAUCGAUUUAAUCGUCAGAGCAGUAUCCUUCAUAAACUCCAUUGCAGAGCAGAGAGGAAGUCGUCAGUCUGAAACUUGUGAUAAACUUCAUUGUCCUCUCCAAGGUUUAUGUUUCAUCUAAAAGUAGUCAAAGAUACAUGCUCCACAAUCUAUCAAACCUUGAUUAAUAGGGAUUAGUUAUACAGGAUUGUUCUGUUUCUGUACUAUGGUUAGUUCAAGAGCUCCUCUGGUUUUCUGGCCAACCAUUACUCUUCUCUGGGUCUCGUUGUUGCCUUCCAGCAGCAGUUCGAGUGUUUCUGGUUUGAUCGGUUCCAACAAAACUAGACGAGAGAUAAUUACAGCACGUCAUGGUGCUGUUGCCACCGACGACGGGCGGUGUUCUAGAAUUGGAAGGGAUGUUCUUGGGGAAGGAGGAAAUGCCAUAGAUGCAUCAGUUGCAGCGGCUCUCUGCUUGGGAGUGGUGAGCCCGGCGUCGAGCGGCAUUGGAGGAGGUGCUUUUAUGUUGAUUAGAUUACGCAAUGGAAAGACACAGGCCUUUGAUAUGAGAGAAACUGCUCCACUCCUAGCUUCUCAGAACAUGUACAACGGAAAUGCUACCUUGAAAGCUAGUGGCCCACUCUCCAUUGCAGUUCCAGGGGAAGUUGCAGGCCUAUACGAAGCUUGGAAAGAACAUGGAAAGCUUCCAUGGAAGAGGCUAGUAAGGCCCGCUGAGAAGCUCGCUCGGAGAGGAUUCAAGAUAUCUCCAUAUCUCCACAUGCAGAUGAGUACAACACAAUCUGGGAUUUUCGCAGACAAGGGGCUUCGUGAUAUCUUCACAUCGAACGGAAACUUACUGCAGCAGGGCGAUACAUGCCGUAAUAAGAAACUAGCACAGACGCUCAGAUCCAUUUCAAGGCACGGCCCGAUAGUAUUCUACAACGGCUCAGUUGGGUUCAAUCUGGUUAAAGAUGUUCGAGAGGCUGGAGGGAUUAUGAGCAUGAAAGAUUUGCAGAGCUACAGAGUUAGAAUGAGAAAGCCAAUCUCUGCAGACGUCUUGGGUCAUAAGAUAAUAGGAAUGCCGCCUCCUUCAUCUGGGAGUGCAUCAAUGAUGCUAGUGUUAAACACUCUAGCUCAGUAUGGAAAUUCAGGUGUUUCAGGCUCACUUGGGAUCCACCGGGAGAUUGAAGCACUGAAACACGCAUUUGCAGUGAGGAUGAACCUUGGAGAUCCUGACUUUGUUAAUGUUUCUCUAGUUGUUUCAGAUAUGCUCUCUGUCAAGUUUGCUCAAGAGCUAAAGAAAACCAUAUUCGAUAACAUGACUUUUGCUCCCAGCCAUUAUGGUGGCAGGUGGAAUCAGAUCCAGGAUCAUGGUACCAGCCAUAUGUCUGUAGUAGAUAGAGAGCGAAAUGCUGUCUCAAUGACCACUACCAUCAAUGGUUACUUUGGUGCAGUAUUUCUGUCGCCAAGUACAGGAAUACUACUCAACAAUGAAAUGGAUGACUUCUCCAUGCCCGGAAAUAGCUCCGCCGAUCUUCCACCACCGGCACCAGCCAAUUUUAUCAGACCGAACAAGAGACCAUUAUCUUCCAUGUCACCUACAAUUGUCCUCAAGGAUGGGCAAUUAAAGGCAGUGGUAGGUGCAAGUGGGGGAGCCAUGAUCAUUGCUGGCACCACAGAAGUUUUCCUGAAUCAUUUUGCCAAGGGAAUGGAUCCACUCUCUUCUGUCUUGGCUCCAAGGAUUUAUCAUCAGCUGAUCCCAAAUGUGGUGUUGUACGAGAACUGGACAACUGUAAAUGGAGACCACUUCGAAAUUCCUGCUGAGACAAGGGCAGCCCUACAGAAGAAGGGCCACAUCCUAAAAAGCCUUGCUGGAGGCACCAUUUGUCAAUUCAUUCUUCAUAGGUUGGAGGGUUCAAAAGUGGAUAAAGGGACAGUCUUUGGUGAGCUUGCAGCUGUAAGUGACCCAAGAAAAGGUGGUUUCCCGGCUGGGUUUUGAUCUUGUAGUAAGUUGUUGUUUCAGAAUUAGUUGAUCUUGAGGAGAAAUUGCAUUAA